AUGGAACAAGGAUUCACUGGCACCCUGCAGACCUUGAAAGCACGUCCGUCAGGGGUUAGCAGUUUUGCCUCUGGAACACAGUGUGCCAUCAUUGGCAGACAGUGCUGCUUGUAUGUAAAUAAAUCAAAAGAAGUACAGGAUAGUUGGAACCGUAUAAAAGGACGGUUUGACAUCCUACAUAAACUGAGCGAAACACUGCUGAUUAACUGGACUGACCUUGAGAAUAAGAGACUGGUUUAG